AUUGUGGCGGUACGUAGCUUUCAUUUUCGUGUCCGAGGAUCUUGGUAUUCUAUCAUUCUCGGUCGAAACGUUUGUAACACUAUCAUUCUUAUCGUUUUAUAUAUAUAAAUGCUCACUACUUGGUUUUUUGUCAAUGACGGUGACCAUCAUAAGUUCUUGGUCACAGCAGAGAUCCAUUUGACAUACAGUAUUAUAAAUGUCUAUUAUUAAUGUUAGCAUGACAAAUAUAUACUCAAAAUCAGCUUGAAAAUAAUUAGCUGCAUAAUCUUUGUUGUGUUACCAGCUUUUGAUCCAUAAUUGCGAUAUUUUGACUGUACCAGUCAAGUUGUGGUUUCAGAUUUCAUUGCUUUCAGUAUCGUCUUUACGUACGUGAUGUCACUCGAAUUAUUCUAGAAGCGUUUUGUAAAUGACCAAUGUGGUCCGUAGAUUAAGUGCUACUUUCAUUCCGGACUUUAGUAGUAUUUAACCUCCAACACGCGACACAUCGUAUUAAGCUGACUCUGUGAAGUGUAGCAGUUACAUUAUACUGAGCGAACCAUAAAUCACGUCCUGUGUCACUUAGUGCAGACUCAUUCAAAGAGUUGUGGAUGGAACUAGAGGGGCUUUCGAUUAGAUGACUUCAGUACUUAGCAGCAUUAUCUCACCGGUUCCUUCAAGCUGGGAGCAAUUUACAUUUGACACUAGAAAAAUAAAUGACUCAUAAAGUCCCUGGGUAUAUAUAAAGUUUAUUCCUGAAGAACUGGCAAGCUUUUCGGACUGCCUUAUCAGGCAGCAAACUCUAACACUACUACUCGUGAAGAGGUGUGCCUCCAGUUUAGUCUACUGUGUUGUGCCCUUAUUUCCGAGCAUCCGCUAAACUCCUCGUUAAGACAGCUUAAGUAGCGGACGUAAGUCUGUUACAUUGUGGGGUGUCGCCACGAUCUUAAUCAUGAUCCAAUUGAAAAAAUGAGAACAGUCCUUUGUUAUCAUGAUUUUCAUCUUUCACAGACGCCUCUCUAGUGAUUUAUACGAUUACGAUAGGAUGAAAAAUCAUUUCUCUUGAGUCAGCCAUCCACUGCUUUGUUUCUAGUAGUUGUAGUUCGUUCAUUGAUCGUCGAUUCCCUGGCAUAUUCGUGUAUAGAUAUGGCAAGCUGUUGUAACAUACGUUUAGUGGUACAAGACUGGUCGUAGUUAUUCCUUGAUUUUGUAUGUCACUAAAUUCAAUAGGAUUUACCUUACUAGGAUAAAGGUUUGUACAUUGUAAUGGGAUAAGCCUAAAAACGACAGGAGUUCUGAUACUGAUCACUCCUGUAUUUGUUAACGGUCGACCCUAAAUAGAACCUGUUCCUGCCAAGCUAAUUCACUCGUUUCUCGAUUUGGCACCCCAAAACUUCACAGCUGAGUAAACUUUCAGUCUAGUAGGUGCUUUGUAUAGGAACGUAGCAAAAGCAUUCUGUCCACUUAGCGUGUUAGCCGUUAUUACCUCUUGUAUCGUGAUUGUAUGCAGGUUCAUAGUUCGUUUCAGAUUCAACGGAUAUAAUAGAUCCACUAGUUCUCACUCAAAGUACAUAGUUUUGUAUUUAUUUUUAAAAUGGUAAAGUAGUUUUUACGUUUCUUUUUGUUUUAAUUUUUAGGAAGCUAAGUCAUAUUACUUUCAAUCUCCACAUAAUAAUAGUACAUUCCAGACCAUUAGAAUGAAUUCUAAGAGUGAUAUGCGUGUCCCUAAACCUCCCAAACCUCCUGAAAAACCAUUAAUGCCGUACAUGCGCUACAGCCGAAAAGUUUGGGAACAAGUUAAAAACUCGAAUCCACAUCUCAAGUUGUGGGAGGUUGGGAAAAUUAUUGGGCAAAUGUGGCGUGAGCUUCCUGAUGAUGAAAAAAUACUAUAUGUCGAAGAGUAUGAUGCCGAGAAAACCCAAUACACGGAAUUACUACGGCAGUACCAUAGUUCGCCAGCAUAUCAGGCUUGGUUGGUAGCGAAGGAAAGAGCUGAAAAAAGCAUGGAAGAACAAGACCAAGGGCGCAGGCAAUCAAUUUUAAGGUCGAGAGAUCGUGGAAAUGAACUUCCUCAGGGUGAUUUGAGGGAGUCUUAUAUACUGGAAGAUAACGAAGAAGAUACUGAAGACCAAUUCACUGCGAAGCAUGUAGCAGCCGCUCGUUUCCAGAGAAACCAUCGUCUCAUGCAAGAAGUUUUAAGUGAUACGAGACUCCCUGAUCCUGGUCAACUAAUCACCCAAAGCCGUCUUAACACGCUACGUCUGCAAGUAGAGCAACUGAAAAACCACAAGCGCAACUUAUGUCAAGAGAUUGAAGGGUGCGAAGCAAGACAUCAAGCCAAAGUUCAGCGCAUUCGUGAAGAAUCUGAACGUUUUCGAUUAGACUAUCAAAAAAUAACGACAGCAAGACCAGUUAUCACUGAGUCUCAGUUUGCUGAUAUGAUAAUUAAAGCGAAGUACGAUAUGCAGCGUGAAGAAGAGGAGCGUAAGACUCGUUAUUUGGCGGAAUUAGAAAUCAGACGCAAGCGUCAACAGCAGCGGCAGCAGAGAGAAGCGGAGCUACUGGAAUCUGAACGCAGACGUCAAUUACUACAUCAACAACAGUUGCAGCAAGUUCAUAUGAGACCAAAUCAGGCAGCCCCACCGCACAAUGACCCGAAUAUUCAAUUUAGUGACCGCUCAUUAGAAAGACUGAUAGCACAGGACAAAAGAGAAGAUACGAGUUCACAACCCCCACAAAAGUUGCCUUCUGCUUCAGCCAAUUUAUUGUGUCCUGCAAAUCAUCCGAAAGCAGCUUCAGAAAUUGGACAUGAAAUCAACCCAGGUUUGUAUGCUGGAAUCGGAAAUACAUUCACACAACCAGUUACUCAAAGUUCAUCGCAAAGGUUUCCUCAGUCCGGUCAUACCCAGCACCACUAUCCACCCCCAUUACAUUAUGUGCCCAACGCCGCGACACCGGCAAAUCCACCCGUUUUAAUUCAUCAGCGUAGUCCGGUCCCAAAUAUACAACAAGCAGCACAAAAUAACACAGGUAAACCAAAUGCAGUAUCUUUAGGCCGUACCAAAAAAGUUCCUUCAUCUGCAUCUUCUACUUCAUCGGCCUCUUCUGCUUCGUCAACGUCGUCAAAAAAGAAAAAGGUUGAUUCAGACCUUGUUAAAGAUGCUGCUGUAACCGCAACUAGUCAGGAUAUGCGAGAACGACCUAUCUCUCAGUCUGGCGAAGGAGUAGUCGAUCAGACUAAACCUGGUGACUUUGAUAUGACUCCUGGACAGUCCAACGAAUUUCAGCAAGGGUCCACAACCCAAUCAAGGCAACUCAUUACUUCUCAAUAUCAACAAGCCCCAGCUCCUGCUAACCCCGUUGUCCCACCGCAAAUUUCGGGGGUCCGGUGCAGACACCCUACUGCUACGAAAUUGGCAUUGGGAAUCCGCCGAACCCCACUUUGUCUGCUGGCAGUUAUUAUCAUCAACCUGUCUCCGUUUCUAAUCCUGUGGGCUACUCUCAUCCUCGCCCACAGUUUUCACAACACACUCCCUACAAUUCCGUACAGUAUCAUCCAGUUCCACCACAACCAUCUACGGAGCAUCCACCUCCCCCACCAAUGUAUAUUCAGCACAUGCCACAACAGUCUCAUGUUCCUCAGCUCGUCCCACCGAUGGUAGGUCCCACUCAACAUACUUCAAGUCAUAUUCCACCCCAGCAACACAACUCAAAUAACUGGCAUCAUGGUGGCCCACCACCGUAUUCACCACAUUAUGGUCCUCCCCGUUACCCAGUCUUAGGUGGCUCAGUGGGAUACCCAAUGCAGACUCCGAGAAAUUUCGGUCCCAAUUCCAGCGGUUAUUCAAUGCCUCACUAUCUUGUUGGUCAACACGGCCCUCAAACUCAUCCACACCAAAAUAUUUCAUCAGUACCUGUUUCUAUCCAGGACAGUCCUGCUGCUUCUCAGCCAAUUCCGGCACCACCACCGUAUCAACAACAGCAACAGCCAAAUUCUGUCGUCAGUUAUUGGCCUACACAACAACAAGUACCUCCAGACUAUGUUCAGAGUCAACAUCCAUCUCAUUACAUGUCUGGAUCUCAGACUGAGCCAGUCGUCCCAAAUCAACAAACUCUGUCAUCUGUUGAUAACGUCCAUCCGUGCUCUACUAUGUCGGUGUCCUCUGCAGACGUUGGUAUGGGUCAAAUGGUAUCUAACCAGUCUCAAGGAGCCAAUAUUUAUUAUCAAGGUUGUCCUGUACCAUCAUAUACCCAUGGUAGUAAUGUGGGGCCGAGUGGUUUUUAUUCUGUGCCAUCACAACAUUACACGCCUCAUCAACACAGUGGUCAUUCUUGGUCUGGUUAUUCUAAUUCUGGUCCUUCCCAAGUUCCAGCCUAUCCACAAUCACAGCAGCAUACACACCACCAGUCGCCUCAAUGUAGUACGGGUGCUUCUUAUCCUAUUCCCCAAAUAUCAACAAAACCGGAUCAAACUGUGGCAAAUGUUCCUUCGGAUAAUUCAGCUAGCGUUGGUGCCUCUGGAGGUUCUAAUAGUCGACCACCAUCUACAAAUGACAAAUAACUUUUUAUGUUAAUUUUGAAGUCCUAUUAUCUGUCUUAAUAUUUUGUCUUUAGUAGUGUAAAUUAUAUUUCCUAAACGCCCAAUUUUAUUUUUAGAACUCAGUCUCAGUGAUUAGUUUGCCGUACUAUCGAUUACUGAUCUUUGCCCAUAAUAACGUCAGGUCGACUAAACGUUUCUGCAAUUGAAGGUCAACGUUUUGCUUCAUUUCUUUAUGAGGUAAUAUUAAUCAAGAUAGUCAGAACUAUAAAUAUAUAUGUAUGUUGAUAUGU